AAUGAAAUGCUUCGAUAUUGGAGUUUAUGUUGUUAUUGCUGCAAAUUUCGCUUUCUUUUUUAUAAAUACAAUAAGAUUGUCGAUAAGAUUUCAAAAGUCUAGAAAUUUUGAACAAGAGGAAAAAGCUAUUGAACACGAAGCAUAUACUUUAAUAUUUGUGUCGAUCUACGUUGUUGAAAUGUCAAUGAAAUUGCUUGGUUUAGGACCUGUAGAAUAUUUUAAAUCGGGCUGGAAUAGGUUUGAUUGCGUAGUAACAAUUUUGGGUUUUAUCGGAGGUUUUAUCGCCUAUGCAAAACCAACUCUAACGUAUAUUAUCAUUUUGAGGCCAUUAAGAUUACUAAGAUUGUUUAAAUUAAAAUCAAGAUAUAGAGAAGUCCUUGGAACUGUCAGUGUUCUUGGCGAUAGAAUGUUUAACAUUGCCAUAGUUAUGAUAUUAUUAUUCUAUUCGUUUGCAAUAGUUGGUAUGGAAUUAUUCUCAAAAUACGAAAUGAAAGAUUGCUGCAGGAAUACAAGCGUCGAAAUACAAUAUGCAUAUAGAUAUGCAGAAAAUAAUAAUACUGGAUAUUAUUAUUUAAAUAAUUUUGAAAAUAUAUUAGCCAGUUCCGUGACCUUAUUCGAAUUAACCGUUGUAAAUAAUUGGUAUAUUAUAAUGAACGGAUAUGCAUUUGUGACUAGCGAAUGGUAUCGAAUUUAUUUUAUGGUUUUUUAUAUUGCAACAAUGGUUGUUUUAACUGUAAUUGUUGCAUUUAUACUUGAAUCUUUUAUGUUCCGUAUAAAAUACAAGAAGCGAAUGUCUGAAGUAGAAGACGAAGAAGAUUAUCAUAUUGAAGAUCACGUUCGAUUUCAAGUCGUUCAAACUCUAACAGAAAAGGAACUGCAGUUAUGUGAAGAUGCUCUUUUAAUGUUAAAGCCUUUAUACGCGGAGCCAAAUACUGAUGAGAAUUCGAUGUCUCAUAAAUUCGUGGGCGAAAAAGUCCAAAGCAAAGAUGAUUUUGGGCUGAGAAUGUAUAGCGACGAAGUUGUAGAGUGGUUGGAAGAAGAACGACUUAAAUUAGAAAAUAAUUCAAGACCCACUCAAGUUUUAGUUGAUCAUUUAGCAAAUGGAACUGACGAAGGAGCCCACUUAGCAUAA